CUGUUGUCAUUUCCGGGGUAAGAUGGCUGCAGUCCGUAUGCUGAGAACCUGGAGCAGGAGUGCGGGGAAGCUGAUGCUCCUGCCUUGGUGACCCCGAUCUUACAAAAACUUUCAAGAGCCUGCUAUGUACCAGGUACUGUGUUAGGCACUGGAGAUACAAAUAUGAAAUAGACAUCAUAUCUUCCUUCUCAAGAGAUUACAACCUUGUGGUGGAGGACAAAGGAGAGGGAGACAGAUAGAAAUUACAACCCAGCAUGAGAGAUUUGUGUUCGCUAUUUUCAAACUUGUGGUAAUGUUCAUGUUUUGAAGCCAAAUUAUGUGUGUUUCUUUGGUUAUCCUUCAUUCAAGUAUAGUCAUCCACAUCACUUCCUGAAAACAACUGCUGCUCUCCGUGGACAGGUUGUUCAGUUCAAGCUCUCAGACAUUGGAGAAGGGAUUAGAGAAGUAACUGUUAAAGAAUGGUAUGUAAAAGAAGGAGAUACAGUGUCUCAGUUUGAUAGCAUCUGUGAAGUUCAAAGUGAUAAAGCUUCUGUUACCAUCACUAGUCGUUAUGAUGGAGUCAUUAAAAAACUCUAUUAUAAUCUAGACGAUAUUGCCUAUGUGGGGAAGCCAUUAGUAGACAUAGAAACGGAAGCUUUAAAAGAUUCGGAAGAAGAUGUUGUUGAAACUCCUGCAGUGUCCCAUGAUGAACAUACACACCAAGAGAUAAAGGGCCGAAAAACACUGGCAACUCCUGCAGUUCGCCGUCUGGCAAUGGAAAACAAUAUUAAGCUGAGUGAAGUUGUUGGCUCAGGAAAAGAUGGCAGAAUACUUAAAGAAGAUAUCCUCAACUAUUUGGAAAAGCAGACAGGAGCUAUAUUGCCUCCUUCACCCAAAGUUGAAAUUAUGCCACCUCCACCAAAGCCAAAAGACAUGACUGUUCCUAUACUAGUAUCAAAACCUCCGGUAUUCACAGGCAAAGACAAAACAGAACCCAUAAAAGGCUUUCAAAAAGCAAUGGUCAAGACUAUGUCUGCAGCCCUGAAGAUACCUCAUUUUGGUUAUUGUGAUGAGAUUGACCUUACUGAACUGGUUAAGCUCCGAGAAGAAUUAAAACCCAUUGCAUUUGCUCGUGGAAUUAAACUCUCCUUUAUGCCUUUCUUCUUAAAGGCUGCUUCCUUGGGAUUACUACAGUUUCCUAUCCUUAACGCUUCUGUGGAUGAAAACUGCCAGAAUAUAACAUAUAAGGCUUCUCAUAACAUUGGGAUAGCAAUGGAUACUGAGCAGGGUUUGAUUGUCCCUAAUGUGAAAAAUGUUCAGAUCUGCUCUAUAUUUGACAUCGCCACUGAACUGAACCGCCUCCAGAAAUUGGGCUCUGUGGGUCAGCUCAGCACCACUGAUCUUACAGGAGGAACAUUUACUCUUUCCAACAUUGGAUCAAUUGGUGGUACCUUUGCCAAACCAGUGAUAAUGCCACCUGAAGUAGCCAUUGGGGCCCUUGGAUCAAUUAAGGCCAUUCCCCGAUUUAACCAGAAAGGAGAAGUAUAUAAGGCACAGAUAAUGAAUGUGAGCUGGUCAGCUGAUCACAGAGUUAUUGAUGGUGCUACAAUGUCACGCUUCUCCAAUUUGUGGAAAUCCUAUUUAGAAAACCCAGCUUUUAUGCUACUAGAUCUGAAAUGAAGACUGAUAAGACAUUCUUGAACUUUUUGAGCUUCCAAAGAGUAUGUAAACCCUAGCUGUGCCAGCACAUGUUCAUCUUUACAAUUUAUAUUAUAAAUGAUUUGUAUCGUAUGAUUAAGGAUCUAAGGCACAAUAUUUGUCACUGUUCUAUUAGACUUUUUACUGAAAAUGAAUAAUGGUGUAAUGGUUCUCCUGGGGCUGUCACAUUUUAUAGGUCAGAGUGUGACUUCUUAAUAUGGUGCUGACGUUUUUGUGUCAAUGGCUUGAAACUGGCAAGAUUAACAAAAUUAGGCCAGGCACGGUGGCUCACGCCUGUAAUCCCAGCACUUUGGGAGGCCGAGGUGGGCGGAUCACCUGAGGUUAGAAGUUUGAGACCAGCCUGGCCAACAUGGUGAAACCUGGCCUCUACUAAAAAUACAAAAAUUAGCCGGGUGUGGUGGUGGAUACCUAUAAUCCCAGCUACUUGGGAGGCUGAGGCAGGAGAAUCGCUUGAACCUGGGAGGUGGAGGUUGCAGUGAGCUGAGAUCGUGCUAUUGCACUCCAGCCUGGGCGACAGAGCAAGACGCCAUCUCAAAAACAAAAAAACAAAAUUCAUAUUACUAAAAGACAGGUAGCCAUAUACAGACAGUAUAUGCCCUAUUUUUUUUAACUGACUCUUAAUGAAACUUUUUAAUUUUACUUAAUUAAGAAAUGGAAUUUAUAUACAAAAAUAUUUUCCAUUUCCCUGUUAUUAUGCUAAUUGUUGUAUAAAAUAAGUGCAAUUAUACUUCUCUUUUGAGAUAUCCAAGAGUAUAUUCUUGCUCUGUAUAGAGAAUAUCAUCUGAUAAUGUCUUAUUUAUAUUAAUUAAUGUCUUUGAAAAGGGAAAAGUAUAAACUGGCCUUAAAAUUGUCCAAUUAUAGUUUUAUAACCAGUCUAUUAAAGGUGUUUGUUUAAAAUGGAUAUACUUUUAGAUUUGUGGUAAUGCUUUGGUAUUUUCUUGGGGAAGACCUUCACCUUUGCAAACUUCCCUCAUGUAAGGAAGGUACUUUAAAUGUAGCAGCCACUGACAUUUCUUUUUUUAAAAAAAAUUUGAGAAGUCUACUUCCUUUUAACUUUUUUGGUCUUCAACUAAAAAAUAGGAUAAGAAAUUAAGGUCUAUUCCAUUCUCCAUAUCCUGGGUAAGAAUGUAAAUAAGAGGAGAAGGAAGAGUCUAAUAGUAAUUAUGGAUAUAAAAAAUAAGAAAUUUUGUAUAGAAAUGAAGGUUUCAUAAUGAUCAUUUUGUUAAAGGUCUACUUUAAUCAGAAAUAGCAACGAGAUGAAUGUAUCCAACAUUUCAAUUUGCAUUCGGAAAUCCAUGUUGUUUCUAAUAUUGUCCAGUUGAAAACUGUAUGCCAAAAUUAGUUGUUUAAGUGAAGUUUUGUGACAGAAAAAAGGUUGUUUUAAUAUCUACUUGGUUUUUCUCAAAAUGGAAAUAAUUUUAAAAUCAGGAAAGAAUAAAUCAGCCAGGUGUGAUGACUUGUAACUGUAAUCCCAGUUAUAGGGGAGGCUGAAGCAGGAGGAUCACUUGAGGCCAGGAGUUUGAGACCAGCCUGGGCAACAUAGUGAGAUCCCAUCUCAAAAAACAUUAUUUUUAAAAUUAGCCUGGUGGCUCACGCCUGUAAUCCCAGCACUUUGGGAGGCCGAGGUGGCCAGAUCACCUGAGGUCAGGAGUUCGAGACCACCCUGGCCAACAUGGUGAAACCCCAUCUCUACAGUUUUGUAAAAAUACAAAAAAUUACCUGGGCCUGGUGGCACAUGCCUGUAGUCCCAGCUACUUGGGAGGCUGAGGCAGGAGAAUUGCUUGAGCCCAAGAUGUGGAGGUUACAGUGAGCAGAGAUCACACCACUGCACUCCAGCCUGGGUGGCAGAGCAACACUUUGUCUCAGAAAAAAAAAAAAAAACCAAAAAGCCAAGUGUGGUGGUGUGCACCUGUAGUCCCAGCUACUCAGGAAGCUGAGACAAGAGGAUCAAUUGAGCCCAGGAGUUCAAAGCUGUAGUGAGCUGUCAUUGUGCCACUAUCCUCCAGUAUGGGUGACAGAGUGAGACCUGGUCUCUAAAAAAUAAAAUAAAAUAAAAAAAACAGGUCAAAUAAAUGCUGUUGUUGUAAAAUUUCAGAUAAUACAAAGAGUUAACCAAUAAAAGAAAAAGUCAUUCAUAAUCUUACCACUAUUAACAUUUUGAUGUAUCUAUCUGUAUGUAUGGCUAUUCUUUUUUGUUAAAACAUGAUCAUAGCAUAUCUACUAUUUUAUUAUUUGAUUUUUAAAAUUUAACAUUAUAUUAUGGGUAACCUUACAUGUCAAUAAACAAUUCCACAUUGUCAUGCUUUAAAUGGCUGCAUAGGCUGGGUGUGGUGGCUCACGCCUGUAAUCCUGCCACUUUGGGAGGCCAAGGCAGGUAGAUCACAAGGUCAGGAGUUCGAGACCAGCCUGGCCAAUAUGGUGAAACCUCAUCUCUAUUGAAAAUACAAAAAUCAGCCAGGCAUGGUGGCAGGCGCCUGUAGUCCACCUACUCGGGAGGCUGAGGCAGGAGAAUUGCUUGAACCCAGCGGCAGAGGUUGCAGUGAGCCAAGAUUGCGCCACUGCACUCCAGCCUGGUGAUAGAGCGAGACUCUGUCUCUAAAUAAAUAAAUAAAUAAAUAAAUGUCUGCAUAGUA